GCUCUCCGGUAUCGGAGAUGAUGGGCUCAACGCUGUUCAGGAAGAGCUGUUUAGUUCUGAGAGGGAAUUGUUUACUUCUCCGAUCGUUUUCCGCUAACGUUGGGGAAAUUUCCGACGCAUCAGCUGAAAUAGCGGGAAUCCUCAACAAGGCGAACUGGCGUGACGCCUUAGUAUCUUCGAAUCUCUCGGUGGAGAUAAAUCCAGACGUUGUUCUCUCCGUUUUACGAUCCAAGCGCGUCAAUGAUCCCGCCAGGCUUUUGAGUUUCUUCAAUUGGGUCGAUUCUCAAAAAGUUACGGAGCAGAAGCUAGAUUCGUUUUCGUUUCUCGCUUUGGGUUUGUGUAGUUUGGGUAGUGUUGGGCAAGCUCACUGUGUUGUAAUCCGGAUGAUUGAGAGGAAGUGGCCUGUAGCUGAGGUUUGGAGUUCAGUUGUGAGAUGUUCGCGAGAGUUUUCGGGAACGAGUGAUGAAGGAGUUCUAUUUGGGAUCUUGAUUGAUGGAUAUUUUGAGAAAGGGUUUUUAGAUGAAGCUGUUUUUGUGAUCUCUAGCAUUAUGAAUCUGGGAUUGGUUCCUGAUUCGGCAAGGUGUAAUCAUUUGUUGGAUGCGUUUUUGAAGAGGAAUCGGCUGGAUUUGUUUUGGGAUGUGUAUAAUGGAAUGGUUGAGAGAAAUGUAGUAUUUGAUGUUCACACUUAUGAAAAGUUGAUUGUUGCACACUGCAGAGCUGGGAAUGUUCAGAUGGCAAAAGAUGUUCUUCUCAGAACCGAAGAAAAAUUCGAUUCGGUGACUGUGACUGUGUAUAGUUUGGUAGUUGAAGUUUUUUGUAAAAAAGGAGAUCUGGAUGAAGCAUUUGAGCUGAAGAAGUCGAUGAUUUGCAAAGGAUUGGUGCCAUCGAAACAAUCGUACAAUAUAUUUAUGGAUAGGUUGUGUAAGCGAAAGAGACUAGAAGACGCUAAAUCGUUGCUGGUAGAGAUGAAAAGUUUUGGCUUGUUUCCUGAUAAUUUUGCUUCUAGUAUACUGAUUGAGGGUUUACUGAAAGGCAGAGAUGCAGACGCUGCAAAUGGGCUAGUCCAUGAGAUGGUUUCUCAUGGAAUUAACAUUGAUCCUAAGAUGUAUGAUUCUUUUAUUUGCGUGAUGUCAAAGGAUGGGGCGAUGGAGAAGGCAAAGGCUCUCUUUGAUGGGAUGAUCGCAUCCGGAGUGAUACCAGGUGCUCGGGCUUAUGGUAGUUUGAUUGAGGGAUACUUUCGAGAAAAGAAUGUACUUAAGGGUUAUGAGUUAUUUGUUGAAAUGCAAAAGAAGAACAUUGUCGUCUCUCCUUAUACUUAUGGUACAGUGGUAAAAGGUAUGUGUUCUUCUGGGGAUCUUGAUGGAGCUUAUGACAUUGUGAAGGAAAUGGGUGCAAGCGGUUGCAGACCGAACGUGGUUAUAUAUACAACACUGAUCAAAACCUUUCUCCAGAAAAGUAGGUUUGGAGGUGCGGUGAGGGUUUUAAAAGAAAUGAAGGAACAAGGAAUUGCACCAGACACUUUUUGCUACAACUCCCUUAUAAUUGGCCUUUCAAAGUCCAAAAGAAUGGACGAAGCAAGGUCUUAUCUGGUUGAAAUGGUAGAGAACGGAUUAAAGCCUGAUGCUUUCACCUAUGGGGCUUUUAUCAGUGGAUAUAUAGAGGCAGGGGAUUUUGCAUCUGCAGAUAAGUAUGUGAAAGAGAUGCUGGAAUUUGGUGUGAUUCCAAAUAAGGUCUUUUGCACGGGUCUGAUCAACGAGUAUUGCAAAAAGGGUAAAGUAAUAGAGGCGUGUACAGCAUUCAGAUCCAUGGUUGAACAAGGGAUUCCGGGGGAUGCUAAGAUGUACACUGUUCUUAUGAAUGGUCUUGUUAAAAACGGUAAAGUAAAUGAUGCGGAGGAGAUUUUCCAGGAAAUGCGUGGAAAGGGUAUUACACCCGAUGUGUUCUCUUAUGGUACACUCAUUGAUGGGUUUUCGAAGUUGGGAAAUACAGAGAUGGCAUCUCGUAUUUUUGAUGAGAUGGUUCAAGAAGGUGUGACUCCUAAUGUCAUCAUAUACAACAUGUUGCUCGGUGGCUUCUGCAGGUCUGGUGAAAUCGAAAGAGCUAAGGAAUUUUUUAAUGGAAUGUCAGGAAAAGGUUUCCCACCUAAUGCAGUGACUUACUGUACAAUCAUAGAUGGAUGUUGCAAAUAUGGGGAUCUAGCGGAGGCUUUUCGGUUAUUUGACGAGAUGAAACUAAAGGGAUUAGUUCCUGAUAGUUUUGUGUACACAACACUUGUGGAUGGGUGUUGCAGAUGGAACGAUGUGGAAAGAGCUAUCACCAUCUUUGAGACAAACGAGAAGGGUUGUAGUUCUACUACCGGCCCCUUCAAUGCUUUGAUCAAUUGGGUUUUCAAGUUUGGAAAAACAGAAGAUAAAUCAAAAUGGAUAAAUUUGCUCAUAGAUGGGUCGCUUGAUAGGCAUGGCAAGCCCAAUGAUGUAACAUACAACAUUAUGAUAGAUUAUUUAUGCAAGGAAGGAAAUUUGGAAGCUGGAAAAGCGCUUUUGCAGGACAUGAAGAAGGCAAACCUGAUGCCUACUGUUGUAACUUACACAUCUCUUCUAAACGGGUAUGAUAUAAUGGGUAGAAGAUCUGAAAUGUUUGCUAUAUUCGACGAGGCUAUUGCCUCAGGAAUUGAACCAGACAACAUAAUGUACAGUGUGAUCAUCAAUGCUUUCGUGAAAGAAGGGAUGACGACAAAAGCACUUAUGUUCAUGGAUCAGAUGUUUGCCAAGAACGCUGUUGUGGACGGGUGUAAGCUAAGUGAUUCAACUUGCCGGGCUCUACUCUCUGGUUUUGCUAAAGUGGGAAAAAUGGACGCAGCUGAGAAGGUUAUGCAGAAUAUGAUUCGACUCAAAUAUAUUCCCGAUUCUUCGAGUGUUAUUGAGCUAAUUAAUGAGGGUUGCAUCUCCCCAAACCAAAGGAUGGAAGCGGAUGCUGCUCCAUAGAUUGUAAAAGAAAAGCCAAAAGCAGAUAGACUUCCUUCUUUUUCGUUAUGGCUAAAUAGGAGACAGCUGGUUUUACCUCUGGUUUACGGCAAAUUUCUUGGCCGACUUGAAAAUUGCUGAAGGGUUGCGCCAAAAGACGAAUCUACUCCGUCUCAGUCUUCUGAUUGUCAAACUGUCUGACCAGAUAUAGGUCUUACCUAAACUUAAGGCAAGCUGGUUGGGAUGGAUAUGUAAUUGUUUUUUUUUUGUUGAGUUACCAUUACGAUUGCUGUUCCUGGAAGAGCUUGGGUCAUCUCAGGAACUCAUCUGGACCAAUUCAAUUUGCUUGAGAACGGAUUUGCCUUGGUUCACUUCUCUGCAGUUUUCAUCAUGAUGAUGACACUAGGAAGUUGACGACGAAUGGGAGACACAUAUGAGCUGUUUAAACUGCAAUUUCUUCGAUAUUUAAGGCCAGAGAUAGCAGGUUUUUAACAAAUGAACCCUCCUGACUACUCCUGAUCAUGUCUAGCGUCAAUAAAUCUUCAUUAAAGCUUGUAAAAUAUUUGAUGUUACAAUGAAGUCAUUAACAGUUUUUUUGGGGUUAAAAAUUGAUGGUCAUAUUGAUGAAC